AUGAGCCCGUGGGCGUGGCCAGCCCGUGGGCGUGGACGUGGGCGUGCCGAGCUCGUGGGCGUGGCUGUGCGCAGGGGUGUGAUGAGCCCCUGGGCGUGGCCAGCCCGUGCCCGUGCGCGUGGGCGUGGGCGCGCGGAGCCCGUGGGUGUGGCUCGCCUGUGGGCGUGGCCGUGCGCGUGCGCGUGGGCUGGGCCUGCGGUGCGGAGGCCGCGGCCGCGGGUGCCCCUAGGGCUGCGGGUCCCGGGGGAGGACAUGGGCGACAAGUACGGCGGCCUGCGGCGGGCCCAGCUGCACCUGGAUUUCAUCCACGCCAACUCCACCACGCACAGUUUCCUUUUUGGAGCACUGGCUGAGUUGCUGGACAAUGCAAGAGAUGCAGGGGCUGCAAGACUUGAUGUGUUCUCAGUGGAUAAUGAAAAACUGCAGGGUGGAUUCAUGUUGUGCUUCCUGGAUGAUGGAUGUGGGAUGAGCCCUGAGGAGGCUUCAGAUAUCAUUUACUUUGGAACAUCCAAGAAACGUUCAUCAACCUUGAAGUUUAUUGGGCAAUAUGGUAAUGGUCUCAAAAGUGGAUCCAUGAGGAUCGGGAAGGACUUUAUUCUUUUCACAAAGAAGGAAGAAACGAUGACCUGUGUGUUUUUUUCUCAGACAUUCUGUGAAACAGAAGGUCUUAGUGAGGUUGUGGUUCCAAUACCUUCAUGGUUAACAAGAACCAGAGAAUCUGUCACAGAUGAUCCUCAAAAAUUCUCAACAGAAUUGUCUAUAAUUUUUAAGUACUCUCCAUUUAGAAAUGAAGCUGAACUGAUGCAGCAGUUUGAUGUGAUCUAUGGGAAAUGUGGUACUUUGCUGGUUAUUUAUAACUUGAAGCUCUUGCUUAGCGGAGAACCAGAGUUGGAUGUUAAGACGGACAAGGAAGAUAUACUGGUGGCUGGAGCCCUUGAGGAUUUUCCAGAGAGAUGGUCAUUCAGAGCCUACACAUCUGUUCUGUAUUUUGAACCUUGGAUGAGAAUAUUCAUUCAGGCCAAAAGAGUUAAAACAAAACACCUAUGCUAUUGCCUCUACAGACCCAGAAAGUAUCUAUAUGUCACAUCUUCUUUUAAAGAAGUAUUUAAAAAUGAAGUUAAAAAGGCAGAAGAAGCAGUAAAGAUUGCUAAUCUCGUAUUGAAAGAAGCACAAAUCACAGUAAACCAGCCUGACAGGACUUCUUUGUCUUCUGCCAAGGAUGCAUUACAGAAAGCUUUGGAAGACGUAGAAGCAAAGUAUAAGACUCUUAAAGAGAAACGGAGAGAACUAAGAAAAGCAAGGACACUCUGCUUGUUCUUUGGAGUGAACAUAGAGAAUCAAAGCCAAGCUGGGAUGUUCAUUUACAGUAAUAACCGCCUGAUCAAAAUGCAUGAGAAAGUGGGCCCACAGUUGAAACUGAAGUCCUUAUUUGGUGCAGGUGUGGUUGGAAUUGUUAAUAUACCCUUGGAGAUCAUGGAACCAUCCCAUAAUAAGCAGGAAUUUCUCAAUGUCCGGGAGUAUAAUCAUCUGCUAAGAGUCAUGGGGCAGUACUUGGUCCAGUACUGUAAGGACACCGGGAUCAGUAAUAGAAAUCUAACAUUGUUUUGGAAUGAAUUUGGAUACCAGCAUAACACAGACAUGGAGAAAUCUUCAGAUUCUAUUCAAUAUCAAAGACGAAAAGCCCUGGCUAUCCCAUUCAUCAUUCAAUGUGAUCUUUGCCUUAAAUGGAGAGUCUUGCCUUCUUCUAUUCAUUAUCAGGAAAAAGAAUUUUUUGACCUCUGGAUUUGUGCUAAUAAUCCUAACCUCUUGGAAAACAGUUGUUGUCAAGCAGAACACCUACCUUCCAUCCCUCUGGGCACCAUGAACACAGUGUCGCCAUCAAAAACUGAGAAAGAGAAACAACUUCAAGAGGUGGUGCAAAGGUACCACAGGCGACUGGCUGAACAGCAGCCACAGCCUCAGUUUGUACCAACAAGUAGGAUCACUGAGUUCACUACUACCUGCCAAACUUCAACACCUAAGGAAAGUACGAAAACACAGAAAUUCAGGCCUUGGGGUGAUGACUUGAAUGAAGAGUCUCUUGCAUCCUUUGAGCUUUCUGUCAGCCAAAGAGGCAGGAAGACAAACACAGAAGGGUUGGACUCUGAUGUGGAGUAUAUUUUGGACACUAAAAUGAAGAAGUCUACACAGAAGAAAGUGAAGCCUCAACAACAGAGACAUCCAGCAGCCCUGCCGGAAAACACUCGACUAGCCCAGAGGUCCCAGGUAUUUCACAUCAGCACAGUAUGUAAUGCUCAGCCAAAUGAAGGGCCCCAAAGAGUGCCAGCAUGGGAAAAGGAUUUAAAAUCUGUGUUUAAGAGAAAAGUGUUCAUGGAGAAUAAAAGUGAUGCUGAUGUUUCAUUGAAACAAGAAAAAAAGGAAGUUUCUCUUAUGAAAAGAGAAAAGCAGGAGCUGUGCAGUGAUAAUCCAGAAAUAAAGAGAAACUCUUCAUUACCUAACCGGGAAAGUGCACUGAUGGAAGAUUCAAGUCCAGGUUCUGGAUGCAACGCCAGCUUUUCUGUGAGUGGUGGUUGUAACGUUGCUUCUGUACUGACAAAGUCUUCCCAAGGCACAUCUAUCAAGGAAACAGUAAGAAAACUGUCGUCUAAAUUAAGGGAGUUUAUUCUGAAUUUUUUCCCUGAGUAUCAGCCACCAUCAGGAUUUGGCUACACAUCUGUGGAGGAUCUUGCAGCAAGUUUUGAGCUGGAGCAGUGCCCAGAGCAGACAAACAAAAAGCUGAGAAUGUGCUUCAACCAGAUCCAGAAUGUUUACAUGGUCCAAUAUGAAAGAGAACUAAAGAUAAAAAUGCAGUCCAUCAUCUAUGAAGCAAAUAGAAGAGGAGUCGUUAAUGAAAUAUCUCUGAGACAAUGUGAAGAAAAAAGAAAAGUUACUGAAAAUAAACUGAAUAAUCUUCGGGAAAAACUGGCAGUCCUGUUGCAGAAAUUCCAGCUGGGUAGUCCGGCAGGAGACCUGGAGCAGAUUGACGGUUAUUUAGAAGCUUUGCUUAAAGAAGAUAAUCCCCUUUUUCGGAACGCUUUAAAUAAAGUGACUACAGAUGCAGGACAUAGUCUCCCUUUAGAAAAAAACUGAAAAUAGUUCUCAAAAUUAAAAGUCAGAAAAGAUAUUUCCUUUUUAAAAUGCUAAUAAGAAAAAGGAAGAUUCUUUUCAAAACGUAUUUCGCCUUGUACUCGUUAUUGUACAGUUUGCCCUGUUAAAUUCUAAGAAAAUUGUGUAUUUUAGAAAUAGAGACUGAUUUACAAAGUACACAUUUGCAGUUCUGUUCCAGAACUCUGUUUUUUUUCAGAAAUUAGUUCUAGAGUUCUCCAGUUACCACGUGAGCUAUGAAGAAAGGGAAAUGUCAGGCCUAAAUUUUUUUUUUUUCACUUAAAAGACUAUAAAAACUAGAAAACAGUGGUUUUUAAAAUCCAUGUACAAAGGACUACAGGAUCACCUCCUCUUAAAGCUUUUGUUGAAAAGAAAGACAGUGUGUCCUUUCUCCGUGAUAGCCAAUACUCAGGAAAGCAGGAAAUAUAUAUCCUCAAAAACUGUAAGAUAUAACUUCUAUGAUAACUCUAUUGUUGAAUGGUAGU